AAUGACUUUGAAAAUCUCUGUAACAAUACACGUGAAAUAUAUGUAUUUGAUUAUUAAGAAAUAUCGGAUACCUGCCAUUCACUCACAAAAUAGUGGGUAAUUAUCAGGUCCUCUUUGGGUAUGGGCUUAGUUUAUAUGAGGGGAACAGGUCAGUGCGCAGGUCUCUAUCAGGUCCUCUCUGAGUAUGGGGAGAACAGGUCAGUGCGCAGGUCCUCUCUGCGUGUGUGUGAAGGUAUCAGGGUUAGGCCGUCAGCACUGGCCUCCUGGGAACUAGGUUUGCUUUAAGUCACAGCUUUGCUUAGCAGUCGUCUCAUGAACAGGCAGCUGUGCAAAACAAGUUGAUUCACCACAGCAUGUCCUGUGAAGGGGACAUGUGACCUACAUAGGUGUGCGGAUGCGUGUGCGUGUGUGGGGGGCAUAUGUGCUUGUGGAAACCAGUAAGCAGGAAAGUGUUGUUACACAGCUUGAGGGUGUUUUUCCACUGUGACCACAAGGCAACUUUCCUUCUAAAUCAGAAAAGCUUUCUUAACUGUACAAAGUGCACAUUGUGUUUGUGACUGGACUAACCAUGUCAAAGAGCGCUCAGCUUCAUUUUGAAAACAGGUCGUGUGCAUCAGAGCCACGUGUGGAUGUAGAUGAUGUGAUGAACACAGCAACAAUAAGCAACAGAAAACGUUGGCCCCCUUCUGUCGCUUUGAGGAAGCGUUCUCCCUGACGUCUCCUCUGUCCUGCUGGGUGGGAGAUGAAGAGGCGGCAGUCAACACUUUGGCUUUCGGCUCAGAAGAGAGAACAUGGCCCAAGUAUGGGGAGCUCUGCUUUUCAUCUCUACUGCAUGUGGAUCUCUCACCCAGGACAAGAUCACGCAGACACCCUCCAUCAUCUCGGCAAAGGCUGGCGACGAUGUUCAUCUCACCUGUUUGCAUCACCAGGCAAUACAGUCUGGUGUCUUCUGGACAAGACAGGCUUUUGGAGAGAGGCUUGUGUCCAUAGCAUCAUAUUACACUUCAACAACAACCUACCAAAAUGACUUUAAGAGCGCUCGAUUUGAAGCGAAAGGUGGACAUAACAGCUUUAAUCUGACAAUCUCCCAAACACAAACUACAGACUCAGCAACCUACUACUGCGGUACGGUGGUUUAUGCUGACGUGACCUUUGGAGAAGGAACUGUUUUAUUCGUCAGAGGCGAGGACUCCAGCCGCCAUGCGGUCAUUGAGCAGCUGGACUCGGUGUCAGUCCCCUCAGGGGGCAACGUGACCCUGACAUGCAGUGUCCACUCCGGGAGCUGUGCAGAGGAGCCCAGGGUGUUCUGGUUCCGACUCGCUUCAGGAGAGUCCCAUCAAGGAGUGGUGUACAGCCAUGGAGACAGGUGUGUGUGUGACCCGUGUCCUGAGGAUACCACACACACACACAGCUGUGUGCACCAGCUACCCAGGAGGAACCUCAGCCAUUCUGAUGCGCAUACAUACUACUGCGCUGUGGCUGCCUGUGGGCACAUAGUGUUUGGGAACGGGACUCGUGUGCACGUUCAAGAUGACCGGCCUGAGCCAAUCAUGGUGCUCCUCAUUGUCUCAUCGCUGGCCACAGUCCUACUGAUGAGUCUGCUGGUGAAUGUGGCCUUCUGUUUGAGGGUGAAGAAGUCACAGUCAGCCAGCCACUCAGGUGUCUCUCUGUGUAACACGUCUCAGACUCUCGUCCCAGUGUCUGAGGCCUCUUCAGCAGGUAGAGGACAGCAGGAUGGUGAUGGUGUGAGCUACGCCACAGUGCAGCUGAUUGCAGGUCAGAGAGACACACAGCGGAGAGAGACACACAAACUAUACACACACACUCUCUAUUCCCCAAUCCGCUACCAGGACAAGAGUUGAAAGCAGUUCACAUGACCCUCUGUGCUGAGGUACUCACCUGAUUGGGGGAUGAUGAUGAUGAUGGUGGUGAUGAUAACUAUAAUAAGAGUGAUGAUGAUCAUGAUAAUCAAGAUGAUGAUUUAAUAAUGAAGGUGGUAGCAGAUGAUGAUGAUCAUGAUGUUGGUGAUGAUGAUGGUGGUGGUGAUGACUAUAAUGAUGAUGAUGUUGAUGAUGAUGAUGACUAUAAUGAUGGUGAUGAUGAUGAUGAUGACUAUAAUGAUGAUGAUGAUGGUGAUGAUGAUGAUGACUAUAAUAAGGAUGAUGAUGAUAAUCAAGAUGAUGAUUUAAUAGUAAUUAAAAGGAGGAAGGUGGUAGCAGAUGAUGAUGAUGAUGAUGUUUACUAUAAUAAUGAUGAUGACGAUCAUCUAACAUGAUUUCUAACAUACAAUAUACACACACAUAAAAAACAUAUAUUUUUGUUUUCCACGGAUAUACUGCAUGUGUGAAUAUAUUAUUUAAUAUAAUAUAAUAUAAAUAAUUAUUCAUUUAUGCAUAUGUGUGCAUUUGCUUCAUACCUGUUCACAAUCGACUUGCCAACAAAGCAACAAACAAACACACAAACACAAACACACACACACACACACACACACACGCACACACACUCUCUACAGUCUUAUUUAUAUUUGUGUGUACCUCUGCCAAUACACACACACUCACAGAUGCACAGCAGACAUACACACAUGCACACACACUCACUCCCUUAUACAAACCCAAAUCAGAGAAAGUUGGGACGGUAUGUUAAAUUAAAACUGAAAACAGUGAUUUGUAAAUUCUCUUUGACCUGUAUUACAUUGAAAACAAUA